GCUCCGGUGACGUCACGGGGCGGGCCCGGCCGGACGAUGCUGAGCCGGCUGCAGGAGCUGCGCCGGGAGGAGGAGACGCUGCUGCGGGUCAAGGCGGCGCUGCACGAUCAGCUCCGGCGGCUGCGGGUGGAGGAGCUGGCGCUGCAGUCCAUGAUCGGGGCCAGCGAGGAGAAGGUCCCUGUGCCCCUGGCAGCCCUGGCUGAGGACACUCAGCAGGCCCUGGGGCAGAUGGACAACGAGGCUGCCAUCAAUCAAACUGAGUUACACCUCAGUCUUCAGGACAAUAAAGAGGAGGAAGAGGAGGAGGAGGAAUCUGAUUCUUGAGAGAGGAAAAAAAACCAGAGAUGGUUUUUAAUGCAGACUCAGGAAUUUCUUCUUCUUUCAUCUGAAACUCACCAAGUGAUUUCCAUUUUGUGCUGUGUGGAUAUGAACUAUUUGAUAUAUCAGAGUCAAGGGCAGUGACACUGAACACAUGAAUUUCACAGGCUGGGCACAUCUUGACUCAGAUGUUGAAAGAAUGAAAAUCUGCUGCACAAAUAUGUAGCAUAAUCCAUUCCACAUUUCAAACCUAUAAUGUAGCUCUUAAAACAUCUUUGUGUGUGGAAGGGAGAAGUAAUUGAUCAGCCAGACUAAUUAACACAUGCACUAAAAGCAAUAACUUGUCUGUUCUCACUUCCUGAUGUGAGAAACAAAUCCAGGUCCUGGAGGCUGGAGCUGCCCCAGGGAUGACAUUGUAACCUCAUUUGCCUAAAUGGGAAUUUAAGAUGCAGGGUGAGAAAAGAUGUGUCCAGGGCUGUCUCCAGCCUUCAGCGGCUGUCCUCUCAGUUCCAUGGAAAGCUGGAGUUACUCCCAGAGCCCUCCCAGUGUCAGCCCAGUUCUGAGCACAGCAGGGAGGUCUCUCUGUCCCCCUGGUGCUCUUCAGUUCUGUCAGUCUGUCCUAGAGAAGGACUUUCUACUUCUGCUCCUUCAGAGCAGCAGCCAAGGAGCCUUUUAUUUCUCCAGAAAUUGUAGAGCAAGAAAUGAUCCAUGGUGCUUGUAACAAUUGGUGUUAUUUCCUUUUUCUCUCAUUGUAACCUCAUAAAUCAAGGCAAGGUCGCCUGCCUUCAUGUGAUUCUCAAGGAGGAGCAUGAGGAGUUUAUAAACUUGGUUAUAAAUGGAAAGUGAUGUGAAAUCUCCACAAUUUUUGGAUUUGGAAAAGUGUCUGGUAUCCUGGGGGGGGUCAGAACUGACAUUCAGGCUCCAGUGAAUUCCUGCCACUGUUUAAUGAGUGUUAAUUUGGCUCUUGUUUGGUUUGUACCAAUGGAAACUGUUGGGCUGUAAAUGUGGAUUCAUCCUCUAUUAAAGACUAUUUGGGUUGUGAGGAUCCUGGAUGUCUUAAUGAAGGAAUUUAGAACUGGAUUGAAUGAUUGUUUAACAAAGCUUUCCCAAGCCUGACAGGUAAAAAAGUCUGAGCCAGAAAUGUUCUGGUCAAAUAAACCUUUCAGGGAUGUGUGUGAAGAGCUGGUUUGGGAGGAGCUCAGGAGCCACCCUGGCCUUUCUUGGCACAUUUAAGUAUUUUAAGUAUUGAAAUUUUAACUUUGAAAAAUGUUAUUUGUGCCCAGCAUGGUCCAGGGUAGUUUUCAUGGACAAAAUUGCUGCUGCUUCUGUGAACGAGUCCCUUGCUUUUGGAUUUGAACAGCCCAGUUCUAGUGCAUGCUGCAAUAAAGUUCUUUUCCUGCUGUCCUUACA